CACCAAGCAAGCGCCUAUAGGGCCUCAUCGCAGCCUCAUUGUACAACAUUGUGUUAAUCGGAAAUAGCGCCCGCCAGUUUAAUACAAAUAGUGAAUAGGACAUAUGCAUAUGAUACAUCCAAAGUGACGUCCAAUAAUGCGCUUACUGGUACUUUUCUGCAUCUUCCUCUCCCUCGUUGGAGUGAUCCAAGCUGCACCUACAACAAAUACAACAAAUACUACCACUAACGACAGUGUUAAAGCCCCAUCAUUCACGACCAGAACCUUGUGGACCAUCAUUUCUAGCUCCGUUCUCACUCUUUUUGCAUGCAUAUACAGUGCCAUCCACCCUAAUAUCCCAAGUCCUAAGAACAGCAGCUGGCAUCACAUUCUAUGGCGACAGCUUACAAUUAUGACAAUGGCGCUAAUCGCUCCUGAGCUGAUUGUCACAUGGGCUAUGCGCCAGUGGUUCAGCGCGCAUCAAGUUACAAAACAAUUCGGGAAAUUGGGAUAUCCCAGCAUUCGUCCAGAGUCUGAAGAAGAGGACUCUGUUGAAGCACCUGCAACUGGAAAUUGGUUCAUUCGCUUCAUUUGCCGAAGUCCUUUCAUUCGUCUCUUUCUCCUGCUUGUUAAAGGCAUAUUAUCUGUGCCGGUGUCUCUUUGGCGUUCCGUUUGUGCUCUCGCGAGGUGGGUCGUCAGGCGGAUUCAGUCAGAGCAAUCCAACUCUGACUCGGAAGAUCCUAUGUGGACUCAGACGCACAGCUUCUUUGUGCUCAUGGGUGGUUUCAUGCUUUAUGUGGACGGGAAACCCUACCUUACACUACGUCCUGACUACAUUCUCACAUUGAUACGUGACAAGUGUAUCGACGCCCCUACCCUAACGGCAAAGCAGAUCUACGACAAGAGCAAAGGCAAUGCGAUAUCAAAAGGAUUGGUCAUGCUUCAGGUGGCCUGGUUUGUUAUGCAGCUCAUCACCCGCGCCGUCUAUCACCUCGAAACCACCCAGCUUGAAGUGGGGACACUUGCUUUUGCGGUUCUUAAUUUCCUCACUUAUGCUGUGUGGUGGGGCAAGCCUCUCAAUGUGCAAUGUCCGUACCCAGUGUACUGGAAGUCUGAGUCAAGGCCAGAGGAUCACAUUGAUGUCAGUGACCCAGACGAAUUCUCUCGGCUUUGGUACUUGCCUCGACUCUCCAGCCCAAUUAUGGAACUGAUAGGCUGGACUGACAUUCCCAUAUCUCGAAAGCUCCAAGUUCCAACAUUUGAUGGCAGUGUCGACCUCCAAGCUUCGGACAGGGCGGUUGUUCAGCGAGCUGCAUUGCUUAUGGCAAUCAUAUUUGGCGGUAUCCAUUGCAUGGCUUGGUUUUUGACCUUCCCCACAUACGAGGAACAGGUGCUAUGGCGCUCAAGUGCUGUCGCUAUAACUUGCAUACCUUGGCUUUGUUUGAGUGUCUACUUAGACUCGCGUCAUUCAGCAAGGCGCUUACCCCAUUCAUUACAUCAACUCGUGUGGGGUGUAUAUGUUCUGAUUUGUGUCGCAUUUGCCAUAUUGUACAUCACAGCUCGUGUCAUCCUCUUGGUGCUCAUGUUCACUACUUUACGCGAUAUUCCUCCUGACGCGUACAAGGCGGUGUCAUGGACUAGUUUGGUGCCGCACUUGUAGUUAUUUAUUAUGGUUCUCAAGAUACACUUCAUACUUUUCUAAUGAUAUUCAGAUGCAUCAUUCUU